AUGGUGACCGAAUCAAUGACUAGCAGCAAGAAGCACUGUGUCCUCGUCUUCCCUGCCAACGGCUGUAUGGGCUAUGACAUGUGCCGUGAACUCUGCGAAGGUGCCAAGAAAGAACACUUGGAAGAAGUUUAUGCAGUUUGCUGCUCUUCUGAAGGCAAAUGGGUUGACAAGCUCAAGGACCUUGGCAAGAAGUGCAAGGUCAUCUGCUUGGACAAGCCUACUGACAUGGACUGCUGGAAGAAGCAUGUCACUCGCAAGGUCGACUGUAUGAUGCUCUGCACUGAUCCAUCUGCCAUGCGUCACAUGAAGAGCAAGGUGGCUGAAGAUUAUGCUGACAUGGCCAAGGCUAUGGAGUGUGCUGUUGAAAUGUGCCACCAUUUGAACUGCAAAUGCAUGGUUGAAACCACAGCUUACUGUGCUGAUGAUUCCAAAUACAAGAUGUGGCACCGCAUUCAUCAAUGCAUCGAAAUGGCUGCUGAAAAGCACUUCAAAGGACACUGUUGUGUCAUGUACCACAACAUGAUGUUCGAAUGCAUCAUGACCAACCGAGAGGAACUUCGUCAAGAAAAGAAACUCUCAUGGCCUGUAUCUCCAAACGCUGAGUGCUGUCCCAUGUCAAUGUGCGACAUGGCAUGCUGCUGCAUCGAAGGCAUGCGAGAAUGCAUGAAGGAAAUGGACUCUGGCUCUGCUUCAGGCGUCAUGGCUUCCGUCAUGCAAUCCACUGGAAUGGGUGCUGCUUCAAAGAAACACAUGAAGUACCACCUUACUGGCAAGGACAUGAUGACUCCUCAAAUGAUGAUGGACAUGAUGUCGCAAAACUUGGGUCAAGCUUACUCAUACCAACAAGUCGAUGAAAACCAAUGGAAGCAAAUGGUUCAAAACCAUAUGGGAAUGAUGGAAAUCGAAAUGAUGAUGGAAUGCUUCAGAAUGAUGGAUGACGGCAAGAUGAAGCACUGCACCCAUGACAUGAAGAAGCUCUGUGACCGUGAGCCAAUGAACAUGGCUGACUGGAUCCGAAAACAUCAAGCGGAAUUCGGUCCAGGUGCUUCUGCUCAAUCAUCUAUGAUGAUGUGA